GCGCGCGGGGGCCGCUGGGAUAUGGUUCCGCCCGUACUUGGGCCGCCGGUCUGUGUCCCGUCCGGCACCGCGCGGGGGCAACGUGAGGUCGGUGGGGCUUGCAGCGAGGCGUCGGCGGCUGAGGCUCUCGGAUCUGAGCAGGUGGAGGGUGCCAGGGCAGGAUGUAUACGCUGCUUUCGGGGCUGUACAAGUACAUGUUCCAGAAGGACGAAUACUGCAUCCUGAUCCUGGGCCUGGACAAUGCUGGGAAGACAACCUUCUUGGAACAAUCAAAAACACGGUUUAACAAGAACUACAAGGGGAUGAGUCUAUCUAAAAUCACCACCACCGUGGGUCUAAACAUUGGCACAGUGGACGUGGGGAAGGCUCGUCUCAUGUUCUGGGACUUAGGUGGGCAAGAAGAGCUGCAGUCUUUGUGGGACAAGUACUAUGCAGAGUGCCAUGGUGUCAUCUAUGUCAUUGACUCCACUGAUGAGGAGAGACUGUCAGAAUCCAAAGAGGCAUUUGAGAAGGUGGUUUCGAGUGAAGCAUUGGACGGUGUCCCCAUCCUGGUGUUGGCCAACAAGCAGGAUGUGGAGACCUGCCUCUCCAUUCCUGACAUCAAGACUGCAUUCAGUGACUGUACCUGCAAGAUUGGCCGACGAGACUGUCUAACCCAGGCCUGCUCUGCUCUCACGGGAAAAGGAGUUCGAGAGGGCAUCGAAUGGAUGGUGAAGUGUGUCGUGAGGAACGUUCACCGGCCACCACGGCAGAGGGACAUCACAUAAGCAAUGCCAGCUUUGCAGUCUUGGGACUAUUCAUCCCUGGUGUUGGAAGAGUACUGCUGGCUGUGUGCCUGCUGGCUGUGUGCCACCGAUGCUGGGGUUGAGCUGGCUGUGUUUGUUCAUUCAUUUAUUCGCUUUAUGUUUUCUCUAAGACAAACUUUUCUCUGUGUCUGGAAAAUGUAGGUAUCCAGAGACAAAUGGGGGGCACACAAGUCAUCCAGCUCUAGAUGCCCUACCUCCCAUUCCACCCCAUUCCAGAUCUGGGACCCUCCCAAACCUGUAAGGAGGGGUUGGGGUGAGGCUACCCCUAGGUUUGCCUGUUGGCUCAUUCCAAAGUGGAGUUUGAGGGCAUCCUGCUUGAAAUGGGAGGUCUGUUUCUGGCAGCUACUUUGUCCAGCUUGCCCAUGUAAAAGGUGGGAAUGGCCAGGGCUAAUCCCCACUUGGAGAAAGACUUAGCCCACAUUCCAGAGGCCAGCAUGGCCCCUUGUUGUUUUGUUUGGAGUUGAGUGUGAGACAAGAGUUUUUUGUAACCCAUGUUAACCCAGAACCCUUUGCCUCCUUCCCUGUACCUGUGGGAAUUAUAGGUAUGGGGGCACCACACUCACCUUUCCACUAGGUUUUGAUACAGUCUCAAGACAGGGUUCAGUAGACCUGCCUGGGAAGUCUGACUUCCCUUAUUCUCUCUGAUUUAUCUCCAAAGGAGAAAGCUGAUCUAGAAAUCUCGCUGAGUGUACACUUCAGUGCUCCCAUACUCAGGUUGUGUGGUGUCCUGAGGGCACACCUUUCACCAGGUUAUUAGGUGUUGCUAUAGCUAGUGCAGGUGGGCUCGGUCCCUACAGGGUCCACAUGAGUGAAGUGCUGGAUGGGUGUGAGGUGCGGAUUCCUGGGGGGCAGCAGUCCUGCCCACUAAGCCUACUAGGUUAAAUUCUUCCUCAUGUGGCCAGGAUAAGGUUGUAAAAUAAAAAGUGUCUCCUGUCCAA